AUGGCCUCUAAUCUGCAGGCAGUGGCAGAUCUGCUCUCGGCCAGUCUUGAUCCCCGCCAGAGCAAGGCAGCGGAAACGAAACUCAAGGAGUCGGAGGGCACGCCGGGCUUCUCUCUGAGCCUGCUACAGAUCGUAGCAACCGACACAUUCCCCCUCAACACACGACUAGCGAGCGCGCUCUUCUUCAAGAAUUUUGUGCGGCGCAACUGGGUGGACGAAAAUGGCGCCCACGUACUCCCCGCAAACGAAGUCACGACGAUCAAGAACGAGUUGAUUGGGCUCAUGGUGAAGGUCCCGCCGACCAUUCAGGCGCAGCUCGGUGAUGCUAUCAGCGUCAUUGCAGACAGCGACUUUUGGGAGCGGUGGGACACUUUGGUGGACGAUUUGGUCUCUCGGCUCACUCCAGAUAACGCGAUUGUUAACAAUGGCGUGCUGCAAGUGGCUCAUUCGAUUUUCAAGAGAUGGGAGCCGCUGUACCGCUCCGACGACCUAUACACCGAGAUCAACCACGUGUUAUCCAAGUUCGCCACACCGUUUUUGCAGCUGUGGGAGAGUACCGACAGGAUGAUCGAUCAGAAUCAGAAUAACGUCGAGGUUCUCAAAGCUCACUAUUCAACACUGGAUUUGAUCAUGAAGCUUGUUUAUGACCUAUCCACGCAUGAUAUGCCGCCGCAAUUCGAAGAGGCACUCCCUGCCAUCACUAGUCUGCUACACAAAUACCUAAACUACGAGAACGCGGCAUUGAGCACAGACGACGAAGCCGAGGCGGGUCCAUUGGAGCAUGUAAGAGCAGGUGCAUUCAAAGUGCUGAUCCUGUACACGCGAAAGUACGACGAGGAGUUCAAGGCAUAUCUGGGACAGUUCAAAUUCAUCGAGACAUCAUGGAAUUUGCUCACACAGAUCGGACCGGAGGCGAAAUACGACGUGGUUGUCAGCAGGGCAUUGGAAUUCUUGACGACAGUCGCGAGCAUCAGAGAACACGCAGAGAACUUCAACAAUCCAGAUGUGCUUGGGCAAGUCACCGAAAAGGUCGUGAUCCCAAAUUUGUCGCUCCGAGAGUCAGACAUCGAGACAUUCGAGGACGAACCGAUUGAAUUCAUUCGCCAAGAUCUGGAGGGCUCAGAUGAGGAUACCAGACGGCGAGCUGCCACCAACUUCCUGAAGAAGCUAAUGGAGCAGUUUGAGAAGCUCGUGACCGAUGUGGUCAUGCGCUAUGUCACACACUUCCUCGCAGAGUACGCAAAAGACCAGGGCGCAAACUGGAAGGCCAAGGAUACUGCUGUUCAUCUUUUCUCCUCCAUCGCCGCCAAAGGCACCUCGACCGCCGCCAAAGGUGUUUUGAGCGUCAACCCUAAUGUCGACGUUAUCGACUUCUUCCAGAACAACGUUGCAGAAGAUCUGACGAACGCGGCAGCAGAACCACUGCUCAAGGUUGGCGCGAUCAAAUACUUGUACAUCUUUCGCAGCAUCCUCUCGCCACAGCAAUGGCAGGCAGCCUUCCCGCUACUGGUGCAACAUCUCAACUCGAGCAACUAUGUCGUCUACACAUAUGCGGCUAUUGCUGUUGAUCGGGCACUCUACCUCACAGACGACCAGCACCAAUCUAUCAUCCCUCGCGAGAGCAUCAUACCUCUCGCCAAGGAUCUCUUGCAGCACAUCUUUACACUGGUCACCAAGGAUACAAAACCAGAAAAGGUUCAGGAAAACGAAUUCUUGAUGAAGUGCGUUAUGAGGGUCUUGAUUGUGAUUCGCGAUGGUAUGAUCCCUAUCGUGGACAUGAUCAUCUCAUAUCUGGUGAACAUAACCAAGGUCAUUCGGCAUAAUCCUUCUAACCCAGGAUUUUACUACUACCACUUCGAGUCAUUGGGAGCACUGAUCCGUUUCGCUGGCCCUGUACAGCCCGAGAAGAUUGAGGCUAGCCUCUUCACCCCGUUCAUGGAGGUACUGGGGGCCCAAGUCGACGAGUUCACACCAUACAUCUUCCAACUGUAUGCAUUGAUGGUGGCCACGAACCCAUCUGGCACGCUAUCAGCAAACUUCCAGCAACUUGUCGGACCUAUCUUGACCCUCGGCAUGUGGGAGAGCAAAGGCAACGUUCCUGCAUUGACACGGCUCCUCACUACCAUCAUCCCACGAGGCGCUUCUCAAAUGGCCGCUKCGAAUCAAACCGAGGCCAUUUUGGUGAUCUUCCAGAAGCUGGUCAGCAGUAAAGCAUACGAGAGCCAUGCCAUGGACCUGAUUGAGACUGUUGUCAUGAGCUUCGAACCCGCCGCGCUCGAGAAAUUCUGGCCUUCCAUCCUCCAACUAAUGUUCACUCGCCUCACAAACUCAAAGACCGAAAACUUCACCCUGCGUUUCGUCCGCUUCUAUCACCUCGUCWCCGCUUUGACUACACGCGGUCUUGGCGCAGAUUUCUUCAUCGCGGCCGCCGAUCGCGUGCAGGAGAAUGUGUUUACACAAAUUUACACCGGCAUCAUCCUCCCAGACACUCAGAAGCUCAGUCGUCCGGCUGACCGCAAAACUGCUUGCAUUUCACUCACACGGACACUCGCAGACAGCCAGGCUUUUGUCGACCGCUACGCCAAGCGCGGCUGGACCAUCACAUGCGAGGCGCUUCUCAAACUUCUCAUCAACCCGCCUCUUCCGCCCAGCGCCGACAACAACAUAAUUGAGGAUCGCGAUGUGGACGACGUGGGAUUCGGUGCAGCAUUCACUCCGUUGAACACAUGCAAGAGACCUACGCCAGAUGCAUUCCCCGAUGUACAGGAUGUCAAGGCGUGGGUGGGAGCAACAUUGAGGGAGGCAGAUCAGAGACAUAGCGGCCGCAUCGGUCAAUUUGUGGGCGAGAAGCUGGAUGCACAGGGAAAGGUAGCUUUGCAGCAAGUCAUGCAGGGAUAG